AUAUCCCGUCCAUUCGAUGCCUGUCACCCAUCAGCUACACAAACGCCGCCAGAACUCAGCCACCCUAACCCAACCUGCUUUCACUUUGGCUAGCAACGGCACAGCCAGACAUGUUGUCAGAACCAGUGAACUAAACGCUCUUCCUGCGCGGGACGUCGGAUCUCCGGUCGAGCGGUACCGUCUGGGUCGUAACAUUAGUGACAGGGGAGGGGAAAGUCAUAUAUUUAUUUAUAGGCUACUUAAUGAAAGCAUGUAGGAAGAAACAUUGUUUGCCAUCAAGAGAAGCGAACGGGGCGCUGUGUCAAGGCAAAUUGUUAUUUCCCUUCCCAAAGGUAAUGCAUCAAGUGUGAAAGAAGGCUAUUCUGAGAGAAAUGGCUUCUAACAAGUCAAAGUCUGGCAGGAGCACAACAGCGUGGCAGGGAGCGGAGGCAUCUGCUCAGAAGGAGGAAUAUUUCACACCCGGGGGCUAUGAACUGGAGAAGAUUCUCAACCGUGGGAGUGCAGUGUACACUCGUGUCAAUGAGGUCUGGCCCAACGUCUACAUCGGAGACGAGCAGACGGCGAAAAACAAGGCCAACCUGAGGAAAAUGGGAGUUACUCACGUGCUGAACGCGGCGGAGGGAACGCGGAACAGCGUGAACACGGGGGCGGACUACUAUGACGACAUGGCCGUGGUGUACUUCGGCUUGGUGGCGGUGGACUUGGUGGGGUUCGACCUCAGCCAGUAUUUCUACUCCGCCGCCAAGUUCAUCCACGAAGCACUGCGUGAUCCUCAGAACACGCUGCUGGUUCACUGUGUGAUGGGUCGGAGCCGCUCGGCCACGCUCUUCCUGGCCUACCUCAUGCUCUACCACAACAUGACCGUGGUGGACGCCGUCGACCAUGUGAAGCAGCGCCGACGCAUCAUCCCUAACCGGGGCUUUCUGAAGCAGCUAAGACAACUGGACGAAAGUCUCCAGGAGAAGCGGAAAGGCUCUUCAGACAGAGAGGGAAAUGACUAUAGUUAGGUCUAGUGCAACACAUGAUUGAUGAGAAGUGUUUUCAUUUAGCAUGAGUGCACACACACAUACACACACGCACGCACAUCACAAGUAGAAGAUCACAGUGUAGAUUAGCCAUUGACAUGAAGCUUGCCUUUAUUACUCCAAAAUAUUUUAUCUAUUGCCAAAAAGGAAAUGAAAAAAAAAAAAAAUUCAAAAUGCCUUGCCCAAGUACAGAACUCAACAUUCCUUUAACCACUUUGGGGUGUUCAAUCAACUGCAGUGGCAUCAUAUUCAUGGUCAAUUAUAAUUUAUUCUUAUGCUAAAAUGUACAGCAUUUGAGUGACUGACAAAGGAGAAAAAGUCAUAAAUACAAGAAUGUCAUUCUGUCCAUUUACUGUGCACAUAGCCAGGUAUUUCCCUGUUAACCAACCAGCAACUCUGUACAGGUACAAAGGCUACAAAAGAGCAAUAGAAACAAAAACACAAGUACAAGUUGCGUUUUACAUGCAAUCUGUUAGCUUAGUUUGCUCUAUUCACAAGCUCUAAUCUUCUAGACUUCGGUAAAAUAUAAAUCCAACAUUUUAUAAAGAUAGAAAACAAAUCUACAGAUGGAAUGAAAAUGUAACUUUAAAGGCAUUAUGUAAAAUAUUUGGACUAAAUUUAUAUUCUUCUUUAUUGUUAUUCAUCGGUAUAAUCAUUUAGAUGUUUUUUUGUUUAAUCCCGCCACACUUCCCUUGACAAGUUGAAAUGUUUUAGAAUCAUCAGGGUACAAACACUGAGAUAUGCUUUGUUAUUUCGACAGAAAUCCGUCUGCUUUAGAAAACAGAAAGCUGCCUUAAGGAGAUCUGUUACAAAAAGACUUCAGAAUUAUACAUACAUAGCAAUAAAACCUCUCAAACCAAACGGAAAACAGGACUAAGUUUACA